AUGAAGACCACUCUCUUUGCCAGCGCCGUGUUGGCUUCCGUCCUCUCGCUCCUCUCCUCCACCUCUGCCCACAUUGCCAUCUCCAACCCUCCCGGCCAAGCUGGUCCUUGGUCAAAGAACCCCAGUAACAAUGUCCACGCCUGGAUCGGGUACGAGGGCAAGACCUUCCCUUGCGGUGGCUACAAGAAGGGUCCCGUCACGACCUACAAGGCCGGCGAGAUCAUCCCCGUCCGCUUCUGGAACUUUGAGAUCAAGAACUACAAAAAGUUCCCCCCUCCCAAGGGCCUGACUCAAUCCCGCCACGGCGGCGGUGCCUGCGAGUUCUCGCUCUCGUACGACGGUGGCAAGUCCUGGAAGGUCAUCGGUCAGUACACCAAGACCUGCCCCGACAUUUACUACGAGUGGCCCGUCCAAAUUCCCAAGAACGUCCCCUCGUGCACUGACUCGAACAAGUGUCUCUUUGCUAUGUCCUGGACCGCCUACUCGACUGACCAGUAUUACCACCACUGUGCGAACAUCGUGAUCAAGGGCGCCAAGAACGGCAAGUUGCCUCAGUUGGACAUGACGAUCGUCGACGUCAAGGCUCGUCAUGAGAAGAUGAACACCCAUGCCGUUGGUGACAAGAAGUCAACAAAGUCGACUGGUCCUGACCGCCGCGAGAAGACCAUGAACACUAAUGGUUACUACGCUAACGGUGGUGGUGCAGGAACCCACGGCAUCGACCUCGGCUUGGUUGUAGCGUAA